AGAUUUGAUCCCCGUGAUUCAGAGCAAAACACGGACACCGCGCAAUAUCAACUGGAGAUUUUUAUUGACAGAUCUGUUUGCGAUGAAAGCAGGCGUUGUUGUAAACCCGUGGUGUAGGAACGACCUGCACGUAAUGUAUUAGGCUUUAGUUCUCAGUCUCUGGAAGAGUGAGUGCGGUGUGCACUAUGAGCGGGGCAGCGCUGGGAAUAGAGAUUGUGGUUGUCUUUUUCCUGGCUCUCUUCCUCCUGCAUCGGUAUGGCGACUUCAAGAAGCAGCAGCGUAUGGUUCUCUUUGGCACACUGCUGGCUUGGUAUUUAUGCUUUCUCAUCGUCUUCAUUCUUCCCCUGGAUGUCAGCACGACGAUCUACAAGCAGUGUUUAAUUGAUCAUGAAGCACAUGCCCAGUUGCCCUCUGUGAGCCCUGUCCUUUCAAACCAGACUACUCCAAAUACUUCCAUCUCACCCAGUAAAAGCAACCAAAGUGUGUGCUAUAAACCAUGGAGCUACAUUCCAGAUGGCAUCAUGCCUGUGUUCUGGAGGGUUGUUUAUUGGACCUCACAGUGUCUUACAUGGCUCCUUCUGCCAUUCAUGCAGUCGUAUGCCCGUUCUGGAGGAUUCUCCAUUGCUGGAAAGAUCAAGACGGCCCUCAUUGAGAAUGCUAUCUAUUAUGGCACAUACCUUUUCAUCUUUGGCUCUCUUCUCAUUUACGUGGCUGUGCAUUUUCAGUGGCACAUCACCUGGUAUGAGCUGCAAACCAUCGGCAUCACUGCGGCCAACACUUGGGGUCUGUUUCUUCUAGUGUUGCUGUUGGGCUAUGGCCUGGUCGAGAUUCCUCGUUCGUACUGGGAUGCCUCGCGCCAGGGACACCUCCUCAUCAAGACUUACUUCAAAGCGGCCAAGCUCAUGACAGAGAAGGCAGAUUCGGAGGAGAACCUAGAAGAUGUCAUGGAGGAAGUGAGAAAAAUCAAUGAAUCGAUCAAAUAUAAUCAUCCAUUUAGGAAGAACGUGGACACCAUUCUCCGAAAGUGUCCAGUUGAAUAUCAGGAGAAAAUGGGCAGGAACGUGGAUGAGGAUUUUGAUGAUAAACAAAACGCAUAUCCUACUGAAAGAAGCCUUUCCAAACUACACAAGCAGGUGAUUUAUGCCGUGCAGCGACACAAUCGCACCCGCGUUCAGUGGCAAAUAUUGCUGGAACAGGCUUUUCAUCUCGAGGACGUUGCUAAGAACGAAACCAGCACCUCUCGGCAGUUCGUUCACAGCUUUGCACCUCCAGAACCUGUAGGCUGGUUCAGACGCUACAUUUAUACUCCUUCAGUGGAGUGGUACUGGGAGUGUUUGAUGAAGCAGUGGUUUUACCGUGUACUGUCUGUGGUUCUGGCACUCUUUUCGAUGGCUGUGGUUUGGUCCGAGUGCACUUUCUUCAGCACUCGUCCUGUUCUGUCACUCUUUGCUGUGUUUAUCCAGCUUGCUGAGAGGGAUUACAACUACCUGUACAUUGAGAUGGCGUGCUUCAUUACCAUCUUUUUCCUCUGCACCUGUGUCUACUCCACUGUGUUUCGCAUUCGAGUCUUCAACUACUACUACCUGGCCUCACAUCACCAAACCGAUGCUUACAGCCUGCAGUUCAGCGGCAUGCUUUUUUGUCGCUUGACACCCCCGCUUUGUCUAAACUUCCUGGGACUGAUUCACAUGGAUUCUGCCAUAUCCCAUCAAGCAAAGGAGCAGACGGCAUACACCUCUAUCAUGGGUUCUAUGCGCGUCCUAUCCUUCAUUGCCAAUGGCUUCUACAUCUAUUACCCAAUGCUGAUCGUCAUAUUCUGCUUUGCUACAUACUUCAGUCUGGGCACACGUUGCCUGAACCUUCUGGGUUUCCAGCAGUUCAUGGGAGACACCGAAAUGACUUCUGACCUCAUAGAUGAAGGCAGAGAACUCCUGCACAGAGAAAGAAGAAAACGCCAAAGAAUAGAAGAUGGGGAGAACAGACGAAGAGAAUGGAGAGAGCGUUAUGCACAAAGUGAUGAGAUUGCUGCCAGAAACCGGAUGCCCAUGUCUGAGAUGAAGGAAACCAACUAUGGCGAAACCCUAAAUUCAAACACAAACCAGCAGGCCAAGUACACCCGUAGCAGCAGCCAGACAGGACGAGACAGCAUUGAGUUUUUGCAGGACGCAGAGCCGUUGGACUUUAAUGCUGAAAAACUCAAUGAUGACCCUUUGCAAUCUGAACCUGGCAGACAUACCGGUGGAAGGUACCUCUCAAUGUCUUCUUCUCGAAGCCGAAUCUUUGAUGAUGUUUGAUGUUUCUCACUUUGGUCAAAAACACUGUCAUGAGAAAAUAAGCAGAAUUUUACCUCUAAAUCACUCAUCUCUACAGAUGUGGUCUGUCCCUCUCAUUUUAAACCUCUUCGACUUCCUGUAUCCUGUAAUGCAAUGUGGUCCUCUGCAUGCAUCCUGACAAACACACAGACAGAUAGAAAAACACACUUGUUUUGAAGUACCAGGCAGUCAGACUACUACUUGAGACAAAUGGGAAAUGUCUCUUUAGCUCACAGUUUGAAGAAAUGAGUCAAAGUUUAUGCUGAAAAGUCGAGCACUGAGUCAUGAAAGGUAUAACUGAUGGGCAAGAUUUAGAUCAACACACUGUUUCUCAUAAUUUACUACUGAAAGGUAUCGGGUAAUGUACCUGAGUGUUUACAUCAGUCAAGUAAAUAUGAACCGACUUCAAUGUGGCCAUUUUGUGUUAGUUGUUAUUGUGAAAAGAGAUUUUAUGGGUCUAGAUAUAGGCUGUCUUACAGAAUACUGCAGUGUUUAUUUUUUUUUUUUUUUAAGGAUUGAGGGUUUAGAAAUCUGAAGUUAAAAUAACACUCAUAUUUAAGAGUAUUCAGAGUAUUGUCUUUCGAGUAGUUCAUAUGGGAGGCAAAAAAUGUAUACAUAUACACACACAUGCGCGCACACACACACACACUUUAUAUAUAUAUAUAUAUAUAUAUAUAUAUAUAUAUAUAUAUAUAUAUGUGUGUGUGUGUGUGUGUGUGUGUGUGUGUGUGUGUGUGUAGUCAAAUUCAUCUUAACAUUCCAUGAAAUUAUUAUUUUAACUUUAAUGAAUGAAGAAAUAUAUAUUAACUUUAAGUCUAAUAUUUAUUUUCACAAACAUCUGGUACUUAAACUGUUAUUUUAUAUCUUUUAGAAACAUUCUUUGCUUGUUUUAGAUGGCUGUUACUCAGCUGUUACUAACUUAUUUAUAAUGACGUUAUAGUUCCAUUAUUUUAGCUCUAGUCUUGUGGAUGGAUGUCAUUUUUGGUUUGCACUGGCAGGUAAAUCACUUAUUCAGAAUAGCUUUAUGGACCCAUUCUGUUGUAUCAGGUUAAAUGGAUUACAAAAAGUACUUAUGUGCUGGUUUUCCAGGCUUCUAAUCAUCACUUCAUCACAAGUACAGUUUUCUUCUAGAAAACAGACCGUCAGUUUAUGAAUGUCUUCUAAAACAACUUCUAAAGCUUCUAAAACAACAACAACACAAAAUUCUCUUUGUAAACAGAGUCAUCACGAAUAUCUUUGCAUGAUAUUCUACUGAAUAUGCUGAGAAGUCUUGUUUUUUUACAGGAAGUGCAGUAGCAGCUAUGAUUAAUGUAUUUCACUACAAGCAUAGUAUGUCUACUCUUCACACAAAUGCUAAGCAUCAUGGUUUCAUCGUGAAUUAAUGUAUUUUCAUAACAAAUUCAGCCCUUCAAGUUUAAAUAAGAAGGGCCUUGUUUUGUGUUUUUUGGUUCUUACCUUUUGGUUUGCUGAUAAUUAUUCUUAUUUACGGUGUAUUUAUGAAGAUUUGGUUACCAAUGAGGUGUAAUCUUUUUGAUAUGGUCAGUCCUCAAGUCAUGUAUUGAUGAAGGCCAACUGGAAUCUAAUGCUGGAAUCUGUUGAUUUGUAUAUUUGGUGUUUAGUGAAUUGUGGUACAUUCCAAAAAUACACAUAUGUAAUCAUGCAAUUAUUAAUAAAUGAUUGAUUAAAUCGUA